GCAGGAACUCCGCGCCGGGCCGCCCUGCCAAUGGGCUCCACGUGGAGUUUGUGGAUCGCGCAGAUGAUCGACGAGGACCGCGGGCCGCCGCUGGUGGCGAGGCCCUGGCUGGCAGAGGAGGCCGACGAGAUCGGCUACUACGCGCGCGUGGACAAUCUCGGCGCGAUCGGGGUCUGCGAGAAGGCUGUCGGCCGGGCGCUCGAGCAGCUGGAGGGGGGCUUCAACCGUGAGGGCCUGCUGCUGCAUAAGUCCGAGCUCUCGCGGGCGGGCAUCGUGGCCUUGGGCGCAGAGCUAGACGGCGCCGCCUUGAGGGCGCGGGUCGCGCCUAAGCGCAUCUGGAACGUCUACGCGGAGCUGGGCGCACUACUGAGGCGCGAGCGGGCCAGCGCCUGGUCCGUGCAGGCGGUCCUCGGCCACUGCGUCUUUGCUGCCUUGUGCUGCCGAAGGUUGCUCGGCGUCUUCCACUCGGUGCGCGCGUUCGUGGAGCACGGGCGCGCAUCGGGCCGGGCUGAGCCGCUGUGGGGCGAGUGCCGAGCGGAGCUGCGUGUUUUCAGGCCCCUCGUGAUCUUCAUGGCCGACAGCAGCCUUGAGGGCUGCGCCGUGGCGCAGGCCUCCUGGCCCCUGGAUGCCUCGAGGGAGGUUGGCCGCACCUCCGAGCGCAAGCGCAUUCGGCGAGUCGGGUGGCAGGCGGACGGGGGCUGGUCAGUCGCCGCGGGGGCAGAUGAGCGGGGCUGCGACGAGCCGCCCUCGGAGACGGCGCGAGACUUGGAAGUCGACCGGUCUUUCCCCGAGGUGCCGGCCAGUCACGCGUCUCUGGCCAGCCAGCGGAGGGCGACGCUCCGCCCGCAGGACGUCCAGCUGGCCUUGCGCGAUCGCCUGGGCUGCAGUCGCCAGGAGCUCGGCCUCCCCGAGACCGACGAGCAGCUGAGCCGUGCGCCGGCGCUGGCCGACGUCGGCGCGAGCAGCGGCACCGACGACGAGGCGGGGCCCGGGCCCGGCGCCGCGCGGCGGGCAGUGCUGAGGCGCGCGGGCCACCAGAGGCGAUGCAAAUUCCUGGGCCUCGCCCUCGCGACCCCCGCGCUGGGAGCGAGCGCCUUCCUCGAGCAGAGCUCGGUGACUCCGAAGGUGCUGGAGCGCCGCCUUGCCGAGGUCGGCGGCUUCGUCCACUUCGCGGGCGGUCGCUGGGGUGCGAACAAGGGCGAGCAGGUCCUGGCUGGCCCUUCGCUGCCUGAGGGGAUGGCGGCGCCGGGCGCCGGGUCGCAGUCGGCGGAGGUGACCGCUGGCCCUCGCGCCGGCAUAGCUUGGCGGCUGGUGGAGCGGGGAUCGUUGCAGAUGGCUGCGUUUCCUCUUGUAUCCCUCAGCAUUUGCUUGAGGCCGUUGUGGGGCAUGGGUCGCCGUGGUAUCAUUGCGCCAGCUGCGGGGAUCUCCCCAUUCUGGAACCUGCUCCUUUUCCCUUCGCAGCACGCGGAGCGGAGCAAGACAGUUCUCAGCGAUGUCAGUAUAGUGCUGGACUCCCCAUGCCUGCAGUUUCUAGGACCGAUCCUGAGAGCGUUGGCCGAUGGGCCGCGGGAGGAGUCGGUCUGGGCGUUCGCGCACCCGCAGUGCCCGAUGGAUUUCAAAGCUGCGCUGGCCGAGCUCGAGAUCGGCGAGACCAUCGCUCCGCAUCAGACGAGGCGCUCGGGCUCGUCGAUCGAUAUCGCGCGACCCUACCGCGCCGUGUCGGAGGCGCAGCGCCGCGGCCAGUGGGCAAGUGUGAAGAGCGCCCAGCGGUGCGAGAAGGAUGCCAGGCUGGGAGCGCGCUGGGAACAGCUGUCAGCUCCGCGCGGGGGCUGCUCGAGGCCUGCGAAGCAGUGCUCGAGGACAUGCUCCUGGGCAGGCCGCGCGGCGUGA